CUUUUCCCAGGAAAGAAAAUUUAAUUUCAGGAUAAGAGACAUUUAUGAUUUGAGUGUGUAUUAGUAUUUAUUUAUAAAUUCCUAGUUAAGUUGUGGUCCUUGCUGAAAAAAUCAAUUUUAGCUGCUACAGUCUACCUACAGCCCGCCGGUGGAAUCUACGAAUUAAAAGUAACAUAAAUGUUAAGAAAAUACUCUCAUUUUGAUUAAUAUGCAAAACUCAUCAAUUAUGGCUAUAAAAGGUAGUAUAUAUUAUGAAUGAAUAUAUAGAGUCUAUAGACUCUGGAAAUUUAUCUUUGUUUACACCACCAAUGGUUAUCUAACCGUUCGAUCCGGUGAUGAGAUUUUCAUGUUCUGUGUGGACCUUCUUUUGAGAUUUAAAGUAAAGUUCUAUUUAUGCAGAAACUAUUUUCCGGAAUUAUAUUUUUCGCUCUUGCUUUUUAUGGCUUAUUAGUGAUAAUUUCAAUGUAAAAGAGAUAAGGAUGAACUCACUAACGUCCAAUCUAACGCACGGAAAUGUAAUCUGGAGUCUUAAUUAUAAUUGGAAGCCAGAUCAUGUAAUUUAAUGGUAUGGCUGGAGCCGAGUAAUACAGCGGCAUGUGUAAGAAGUUUACUGUGUACUCUCAGAUAUUCGUUGUAGCUUCCUUAUUGAUCCGCUAGACAUUUACCAUUUCUUACUUUUCCAUCUAUAUAAGGCCGGAUUUAAUUGUGAAUUUUCACUGAGUGAGUUCUUCUCUUGUUUAAAGAAACGUAAAAAAUUAGAGAAGCCGAUUAAGGAAAAUCUGUUAUCUGCAUUUAAGCUAAUAAUUCUCGGUAUUAAAAGUCCUAUACUUCCCUUUAUCUCUUCAAGAUCUCGUUUGGAAGGAAAGCGAGUCAUUGACUGUGUGUCAUCUCUAUAGUUCAGACUAAACAUCCACCCCUUUUUGAACCAACAACGAUGGUGUCAAGAUCUUGCUUAAAUCUGUUGGAUUUAGCAUCUGGAGAUGUGUUGAAUUUCCCUCGGACUCCUAGAUCACUUCCGAGGGUGAUGACUGUUCCAGGAAUUUUUUCUGACUCAGAUGGCGAUGGAAGCAAUGAUGGCGAUUCUGAUAAUCCAUCUUCUGGAUGCCAGAAGAAGAAAAUAAUUGUAGCAAAUUUUCUUCCUAUAAAUGCCCAAAAGGAUUCAGAAUCUGGGAAAUGGUCAUUUAGUUUUGACGAGGAUGCGCUCUUGCUACAAAUGAAGGAUGGAUUCUCAAUCAAUACCGGAGUUGUUUAUGUGGGAUCUUUGAAGGCCGAUGUAGAUAUCAGUGAACAAGAAGAAGUUUCACAGAAACUGCUGGAUGAAUUUAACUGCGUGCCCACCUUUCUGCCUCCUGAUCUUUACAGAAAGUUUUACCAUGGUUUUUGUAAGCAUCACUUAUGGCCCCUUUUCCAUUAUAUGUUGCCUAUGUGUCCUGAUCAUGGCGACCGUUUUGACAAGUUGCUGUGGCAGGCCUAUGUUUCUGCUAAUAAAAUUUUUGCUGAUAAAGUAAUGGAAGUUAUUAACCCCGAAGAUGAUUAUGUUUGGAUUCAUGACUAUCACCUAAUGAUUCUGCCUACAUUUUUGAGGAAGCGUUUCUAUCGCGUUAAGCUUGGCUUCUUUCUUCAUAGCCCAUUCCCCUCUUCAGAAAUUUACCGAACUUUGCCAGUGAGAGAUGAAAUUCUCAAAGCACUGCUCAAUGCAGAUUUGAUUGGUUUUCAUACAUUUGAUUAUGCUCGCCACUUCCUGUCCUGUUGCAGCAGAAUGUUGGGUCUAGACUAUGAGUCAAAACGUGGUCAUAUUGGACUUGAGUAUUUUGGCCGUACUGUGUACAUCAAAAUUCUGCCUGUCGGAGUUCACAUGGGCCGACUUGAAUGUGCUCUAAAUCACCCGUCUUCUUCCAACAAAGUUAAAGAAAUUCAAAAACAGUUUGAAGGGAAAAGGCUUAUUGUUGGAGUUGAUGAUAUGGACAUAUUCAAGGGCAUUAGUCUGAAAUUAUUAGCUAUGGAACAACUUUUGCAUCAUAAUCCCGAGUUGCAGGGGAAAGUUGUCAUGGUCCAGAUCAUAAAUCCUGCAAGGAGCUCAGGAAAAGAUGUACAAGAAGCAGAGAAGGAGACAUAUUCAGCUACCAAACGGAUAAAUAGUCUGUUCGGCUUUCCAGGCUAUGAACCAGUGGUUCUGAUUGAUCGUCCUGUACCUUUUUACGAGAAAACAGCCUACUAUGCACUGGCCGAGUGUUGCAUUGUAAAUGCAGUGAGAGAUGGAAUGAACCUGAUUCCUUAUAAAUACAUUGUCUGCCGACAGGGGACUUCUAAAAUGGAUGAAGCUCUGGGGAUUGCCCCCGGGUCACCUAAAGUAAGUACACUUGUCGUUUCUGAAUUUAUUGGUUGCUCACCAUCUUUAAGUGGUGCAGUAAGGGUCAAUCCAUGGGACAUUGAAGCUGUAGCUGAUGCAUUGAAUCUGGCCCUGACCAUGUCUGAUUUAGAGAAACAGUUGAGGCAUGAGAAGCACUAUCGAUAUAUUAGCUCUCAUGAUGUGGCUUAUUGGGCUCGCAGCUUUAUGCAGGACUUGGAGCGAGCAUGUAAAGAUCAUUACAGUAAACGGUGCUGGGGUAUUGGUUUUGGUUUGAAUUUUAGAAUUUUGUCUCUUUCACCCAGCUUUAGGAAGCUUUCCAAUGAGCAUAUAGUCUCUGCAUACAAGAAGACAUGUAGACGAGCUAUAUUUUUGGACUAUGAUGGAACCAUAGUGCCUCAAACUUCGAUUGUCAAGAUCCCUGGUCCUGAAGUCAUAUCUGUUAUAAACAGCCUUUGUGGUGACCCUAAGAACAGUGUGUUUAUAGUUAGCGGUAGGGGGAGAGAUUCUCUGAGUGAUUGGUUUGCUCAAUGUGAGAAUUUGGGCAUAGCAGCCGAGCAUGGAUACUUCAUCAGGUCGAGUAGGACGUCCAAUUGGGAAACUAGUUCGUUAGCAGCAGAUUUUGACUGGAAAAGAAUGGCAGAACCCGUGAUGAAACUAUAUACAGAAGCAACUGAUGGUUCUUAUAUAGAGACCAAGGAUAGUGCCUUGGUGUGGCAUCAUCAAGACGCUGAUCCAGAUUUUGGAUCCUGCCAGUCAAAGGAAUUGCUGGAUCAUCUCGAAAGCGUUCUCGCAAAUGAACCAGUAGUUGUCAAGAGGGGCCAGCAUAUCGUUGAAGUAAAGCCACAGGGAGUCACUAAAGGGUUUGUGGCCGAUAAAGUUCUUUCUGCAAUGGUCGCUGACGGAAAAUCAGCAGAUUUUGUGAUGUGUAUCGGAGAUGAUAGGUCCGAUGAAGACAUGUUUGAAAGCAUAUCUAAUACAGCUUCAAGUUUGUCAUAUCCUUCUGCUCCCGAGAUCUUUGCAUGCACCGUCGGCCAAAAACCGAGCAAAGCUAGGUACUAUGUAGAUGAUACUAAUGAGGUACUUGCAUUGCUUCAAGGUUUGGCUAAUGCUUCGAGUUCCAAGGCAAGAUAUAGCACAGAAGUACAAGUUUCUUUUGAUAACAUAGCUUGACUGGUGGCUACUACAGAUUAUCCCUGAAUAUUUCUUGAUACACAGUUCACAGUAUUUCUCGUGACUUUAGUCGUCCGAUAUAACUUAUUCAACACAGUCCAGGGGUUGGCACCAAUGCUGGUUUUAGGUUAAUUACAAGCCAAUCGCAUAGUUUUUAUUUUCCUUUUUUUUUCCCGGCCGUUAGAAUGCAGGAGGAUGGGGACGGGUGUAUGUAAGUUGUGGUGGUAUGUGGAAGAAAAAAAAAGAUAAAAAUGCUUUGUGCAGUUCACAAAUUUAGAUGUUUUAUCUUCACAGGUAGCCAUACAAAUGAGCAGACAAUUUUCUUGUAUACUUGGAAUGAUUUUACAUUUUACAUAUACAUCAAAGGCAUUCUUUCUUGUUC